AUGACGAGAACCGACAGGCCGUUGCCUACCAGACGAAAGUCAUCGGACAGCUUUGAGCAUGUUCCCAGCUAUGCGACCACCCCAGAGCGAAAAGCGCGGUUAAUAUAUUGCAAGUCCCAUGUCGCCAUUCAUCCCACGCAGCUGCGACGCGACAACAUUUCUGGGCUCCUCGGACUUGUGGAGGUCGACAAGGAGGUGCCGCGUGUUCCUGAAAGUUCUGGCUCCAACUCUACGAGCGGGAAGGAGGUCCUCGUCGUUUGGGUCCCCGACGAGCUCUUCAUGCGAAUGUCUGAAGAGGACCGACGCAACUACAAGCGUGUAGAGGAUAGGCCGAACGGAGCUGCAGCCGAGGAAGAAGCACCUCGGGGAGAGAAAUACGCCUUUUCCAUUCCUGUGUCAGAUCUGUACAGCUUGCUAGUCUAUCCGCAUUGGUACGGUUCGGUCACCUUCAACCUCGCCGGCGGCGUGUCCCUACCCACACUCUUCUUCCACGACGACCAGACACCGCUUGUGACGACACCUCGCUCUUCUGACCCACCUACUCCACCAUGGGGCUUUCCCCCCUUCCUCGCCGUGCUCCGACAGCAUGCAACCGUCAUUCGUUCGCGUUUGGUGAUGAACGGCAGCGGAGAGGAGCUCUGGCUAGUGAACCCUAGCAAAGCCGACAGGGAAGUUCACGAAGCCGGCUACGAGGAGGCCAAGCGGACUGGCGACUCGACUCCAGUUUCGUACCCACCGCAAGCGCCACACAUGCAGUAUCCGAGUCUGCAGGCCAUGAACCAGGCGUCACCGAGGGACUCGCUACUCGUCGGGCUGUCCAACGUCACUAACAUUGCUAGACAUGCCGCUCAGAAUGUCCUCAACCAUCCUCUCGCCAAGCCUGUUGUCCCUCACUUGCCCCCCGCAUUCCGCACAUUGGUGAACGCGCCGGGAGAGUGGGAAAGCACGCUGCGGCCCAAGCUGGGCUCCGAGCGCAGUCCCGAUGUGGCCACAGAGUUUGAAGCCGCGCGACUCUAUCUCGCGCGUUGGGCCCGUGUAGUUGCCGAAGAGGGCGAACGCUCCCGCCGUAGCGAACUAGCAGCGCAGGCCGGCCAAGCGGGCCAGAGCGAAGAUGACCUCACCGACCUCGGCGUGUUCUCUCUGGUUUCACGUUCAAAGCAGCCGGCGCCAAAGCCGACCAGAGAUCCGCACCACCCGAUCACCGUUUCCGACUGGCAGGCAUUCAUUGCUGGCGACAUGGACGAAGAGUUUGUCAGAGGCGAAAUCUUCCGACGAGGCUUCUCCGAUGAGCCCUCUCAGUCUCAAGCGCGCCGGCAAGGAUGGGAGGUGCUACUGGGAGUCGUGCCUUGGAAUGUGGGUGACUCGUCUGGUGACGCGGACAAACGAGGCGCCGCUCGUGAGAGUGUAUUGCGCGAGAAGCGUUCAGAAUAUUACAAGCUUCUCACUGGGUGGCAAGACCGAGCGCGCAAAGGCGAAACCCCGCCAGAUUGGCGCGAAGAGUGGCACCGCAUUGACCUCUACGCUGUCGAGCCAGAGUAUCUCGGGAACGAGGAAAAGGAGGCAGGUGGAUCCGGAACAAGUCUAUGGGGCGAGGGCAACGACAAGGAGGAAGAAGGCGGACACGCUGCGUUGAACCGCAUGUCCGACUUGCUGAGUCCCAUCUACUUUGUUGCCGAUGCCAACGAGGCCGAUGCCUUCUGGGGUCUUUGUGGCGUUAUGCGUAUGAUGAGUGGCAUGCGCAAGCAGCUGAGCACACUGCAGCAGCUGAUUCAGUUGAUGGACCCCGAACUUUACGAGCACCUUGAAAAGACGGGUUCCCUGAACCUCUUCUUCUGUUUCCGAUGGAUCCUCAUUAGCUUCAAGCGCGAAUUUUCCUUUGAGAACGUCGUCAAGCUGUGGGAGGUCCUGUGGACAAACUUUUACUCGAACAACUUUGUUCUCUUUGUCGCCUUGGCCGUUCUUCAGAGCCAUCGCGACGUCAUCAUGCGAUAUCUCAGCGAGUUUGACGAGGUGCUCAAGUAUGCCAACGACCUGAGUGGAACGGCCGAGGUGUUAUUCUUGUCCUUCAAGCAAGUCGUUCAGGAAAUUGACAAGGAAUCUGCCGAGUCUGCCUCACAGCUGAGGCAGCGCCGCAAGAACCAGGCAGCCAGACGAACCGUCCCGGCAGAGCUGCGCGAGCUACUUGUCUGUUGGAAACCCGAGGACAGUGAGCAAGCAGCGUUGGCGGCGUCCAUCGACGCUCUCAAGAUUGACAACGGUGAUUUGAUAGAUCUUUGA